AGGCGGUCUCAUCUCCCCUGGUCUCGAGCGCAGCGCAUUUCAAGCAUCUCAGACGUGAGUCAGCAACAGCUAGCUACAGGGCUUCAGAGCUGGAGUUUCCACAACUUCAGUACUUUCACUUCAGAGGUAUUUGUCUCUGCCUUCUUAUUUUCUAAACAAAGUAGACUUAAUUUCACUCAAGGUUCGCCGCUUUUUGGGCUCCGUAGCCUGGGGAUCCUGACCAGGUGUUCACAAUGAAGUCCUUCGCAUCUUUGUUCCUUUGGAGGAUCGUCAUUUUAUUAAUACCAAUAGUCUCAUUGGGCCAAACAUCUGAGGAUUUGUAUGAAACCUGGGAUCCAGGGUACAAAGGCAACGUACCCUAUGGCAAGCCUCCGCAGUGUGUGGACAUCCCAGAUGACCUGAGGCUCUGUCAUGGUGUGGGCUACGAAAAGAUGCUGCUGCCCAACUUACUGGAGCACGAGUCUAUGGCUGAGGUCAAGCAGCAGGCUGGAAGCUGGGUGCCCCUGGUGCACAAGAACUGCCACCCGGCCACUCAGGUGUUCCUUUGUUCCCUUUUUGCCCCUUUGUGUCUGGAGAGUGCCAUCUACCCAUGCCGCUGGUUCUGUGAAGAUGUGCGUGAUGGCUGCACACCCAUCAUGGAAGCAUUUGGGUUCCCCUGGCCUCAGAUGCUCACCUGUGACAAGUUUCCUCAAGAUGAUAUGUGCAUCAGUGCACCCAAUGCCACAGAGGCCUCCAAGCCCACUGGAUACUCCCCAGUAUGUCCUCCUUGUGACGAUGAAAUGAAAACGGAUGGGAUUCUGGACCACAUGUGUGCCAGUGAAUUUGCCAUAAAGACCAAGAUCAAAGAGGUCAAACGGGAGAACAUGGAUCGCAAGGUGAUCCUGCAGAAGAGGAAAAAACCCCUAAAGCUGGGCACUUUGAAGAAGAAGGACCUGAAGAAUCUCACUCUGUAUCUGAAGAACGGAGCCGACUGCCCCUGCACGCAGCUAGAAAAUCUCAGAAACACAUACCUUAUCAUGGGACGCAAGGUGGACAAACAGUACAUUCUAACUGGCAUUCACAAGUGGGAAAAAUCAAGCAAGGAGUUCAAAAAUACCAUGAAAAAACUCAAAAGCCACAAGUGCCCUGCCUUUGAGAAUGUCUUCAAAUAAACAUUCUCAGAGCUCCUACUUACUUUAUGAACUUGCACAUCCAGGCUACACAAAAUAUUGUUACAUUUUUUCAUUGUCCGUGUACUAUAACUAUAUAUAUAUAUUUCUCAUGUAUAGAUCAGACACUUGAGGUAUUUUGUCUUGGAUAUGCGCUGUCAAAGACUGAAAAGAUUAUGAAUGAUACAGUAGACAAACUCUUCACCACAAACAAAGGAUCACGUUUGUAUAUAUCCAAACCUGUGAUAAUAUGUUGUAAAAUUAUCAUAAUUCACCCACAAUUGAUUGUUGGUUAUACACCAUUUAUUGAUACGAUUUUGUAGACACUGUGAAAGUACCACAUUAAGCCAUUUCUUUAGGCAUAUAGACCAGUUUGGAGUAGACGUCAAAGUUACGUCACCUGCAUCUGCACAAACAUUGUGGUGGAGCAUUUUUUUAAUGGAUGCGCUUUUUAUUAAACUUCUCAAGGACCGAUGCAGUGCAACACCCGCUGAGUGGCAUCAAACAGUUUGAGAGAUCAAAGACAAUUUUUUAAAUAACUCCAACUGGAUUCGUCUGAAAGAAAAACACUCACAAAAAUGUCAUCUCUGUUUGGAAACACUUGCUGUGUCCGAAAUCGCUCACUCGUUCACUCAUUCACUAAUCCCUAUAUAGUGUAUGGCAGUUGAGUGGACUAUAUCAGGAAGGAGUGAAUAAAUAAGUGAACGGAUUCGGACAGUGGCGUAUACACUGCAAGUGAGACUUGGAGUGGUUGCAAAAACAUUGUCAUAUGUUCUUUUAUAUUACAUGUACCUUAUUUUAGAUAAUAAUAUUAAUAGCAAUAACACUCAAAAUGACUUUAUAUUGUAAUUAUACAUACCUCCACGUCAGCUUUGGGGUUUUAUAUAUGGUAUGUUUUUUUAUUUGUUUUGUAAUGCUUUUAUGUUCAUAAUCAUUAAAUACUUUUAAAAUACUUAGAACAAAAAUAACAGACAUUAACACAUUCAUAAUUUUAUGCAUUUAUUAUUUUUAGUAACUUGACACUCUCCCGAGCAGCGUUUUGAGCUCAGAUGAUAUAUUCAGUUAUAGAGCUCCUUCAGACGACCGUUAAUUUAAAAAUUUAAAUUAUAUACCAAAUUAUCAUAAUUUUUGUAAGUUAACAAUGAUGCAACCUCAGUAAAUUAGUCACAUAUUAAACAGUUAUUGCCUAAAUAAAAUAUUUUAAUAAAUAAUUUUAUGAAAUUACCGUUAAAGCAGAAAUAAUAAAGAUGUAAACCGUAUCUCUCAUUCAAACUCGCUCUCACGUUCAGCUUGUCGGUUCUCUGUAUUGGAUUGUGGGAAAUAGUGCUUCAGCGAGUGUACAUCGGUUGUACACUCGAAAUCAGAAUGAAUUGUGGGUAAAAAAGUAGUGGACGAAUGUAGGGAAUGAAGUCGUUCACUCAGAAUUCGGACAAAAUUGCUGACUCCCGAUAUAAUGACUAAAUAGUGGAUAGGGAGCGGUUUCAGACACAGCUACUGAAAUUGGUCUAUUGCAUCUAUUAUAAGUUGCUAUAGUUACUCCAAGUUCAAUAGACAACAGUUUUUUACAGUAUACAUUUGUCACAGUCCUUUCUGUGACCUGUACCAAUCAGUCAUUAAAUUUGUUUAGCAGUUCUCUAGUGAAUAAUGAGAGGUCUGCUUUGCUUAAUUACUGGCAAGAUAUAUAUGCAUAACAUUUAUUGCACUGCUAAAGCCAUGUAUAUGACAAGUUGAACUGCACAGUCCCAUAUGACUGAAUAGAAUAUUGUAUACAAAGGCCUAUACUUUAUCUGCUGUAGAACAAACUGUUUUCUGACUAGUAAAAUAUUUUUUAGGAGAACAGUACUCAAUAGCAUAUAACAUCAACAAUACUGAUAAAAAUAUUCAUUGCUACAGGACAUUUUUCCAUUUAAUCUCACAACUUGGUACUGUUAUUAGUGUAUAACGUUGUUUGCGUUGCAGGUGAAAGGUUUUUUUACUUGCAAAACUCUUGACAUUUUAGUCCACAGCUUUGUCUAAAAUGCAUGUCACCAAUCAUUUAAGAAUGCAUAGUGUGCAUUGCAUGAAGUGUUCCUUCAUUUUUUCCUUAAAAUUAUCUUCUUGUGGUGUAGCACUACUAGUUUCAAUGUUUCCCAAUUCCUAUUUUUUAUGUUGGAAAUCAUUUUGUACAUAAAAUUCUAGCACAAAUAUAAAAUAAAGACUAUAAAAAAUGU